CCCACCCUGUGCGUUUUGGAUGGAUAGAGGGAGAAUGGAGAUAGAGAUGUGACGCAGUGAAGGAGAAAGGGAAAGUAAGUUCAGUCUCCUCCAUUAGAAACAGGACAGAAGUCUGGAUUCACUCGGGGGUCGGCAGUGUUCAGCUGUGUUUGAAUGAAGAAGAGUAAAUGAUGGAUCUUCAGAACAUCAGCAGUGGAGCAGGACCCCCUGUCCUAAAAACUGAAACCCAGAGAGCAGCAUCUCCAGAGCCCAGCUGUGUGUCUAUGAAGAGUGACGCGUCCAUGGGGGAACCUCCUAAUUUCAGCAGUGGAGGAGGAAGCUCUGGGUCUCGAACUGAAACCCAGAGAGCAGCAUCUCCAGAGCCCAGCUUUGUGUCUAUGAAGAGUGACGUGUCCAUCAGGGAACCUCCUAAUUUCAGCAGUGAAGCUGUGACUUCUGACCCAAAAGAGAAGAAAAUUCACUUCAGCAGGGAAAAACUAGAUCAUAUAUUCAAGGAGCUGCAGCAGAAGUUUAUCUCUUUAGUGAAGAAUGAGCUGAACACAUUCAAGAAGCUCCUGAGUCCAGAUUACCCAGCAUGCUCUGAGAGAGAGGAGGAUGAUGAGGAUGAUCAGAGCGAGGGGGUGCUGAAGAUCACACUGCACAUCCUGAGGAAGAUGAAGGAGAAAGACCUCGCCAACACACUAGAGAGCAAAUUGGCCCCGGUGUGUCAGCAAAAGCUCAAAUCCAAAAUGAGGGAAAAAUAUCAGAACAUUAAUCAAGGAAUCCCAAAUCCUGGAACCUCAACCCUUCUGAAUGAGAUCUACACAGAGCUGUACAUCACAGAGGGAGGGAGUGGAGAGGUCAAUAAUGAACAUGAGGUCAGACAGAUUGAAGCAGCAUCCAGGAGACCAGCAACACAGGAGACACCCAUCAAAUGUAACGACCUCUUUAAAGACCAGUCCAUCAGAACUGUGCUGACUAAAGGAGUUGCUGGAAUUGGAAAAACAGUCUCUGUGCAGAAGUUCAUUCUGGACUGGACUGAAGGAAAAGCCAAUCAGGAUGUUCCCUUCAUAUUUCCACUUCCUUUUAGAGAGCUGAAUCUGAUGAAAACUGAAAAACUCAGUCUGGUGGAUCUUCUUCAUCAGUUUUUCAAAGACACCAAGUACUUAAAAAAGAGAGAUUAUCAUCGUUACAAAGUCAUGUUCAUCUUUUAUGGUCUGGAUGAAUGUCGGCUUCCUCUAGAUUUCCAGAACAAUAAGAGAGUAUCUGAUGUAACACAGUCAGCCUCAGUGGAUGUGCUGCUGACUAACCUCAUCCAGGGGAACCUGCUUCCCUCUGCUCUCCUAUGGAUAACUACUCGACCAGCAGCAGCCAAUCAGAUCCCUCCUGAAUGUAUUGAUCAGGUAACAGAGGUACAAGGGUUCAGUCACCCUCAGAAAGAGGAAUACUUCAGGAAAAGGAUCAGAGAUCAGAGCCUUGCUGAAAGAAUCAUUACACACAUGAAGUCCUCCAGAAGCCUCUACAUCAUGUGCCACAUCCCAGUCUUCUGCUGGAUCUCAGCCACUGUUCUAGAGAGGAUGUUGGGUGAAGCAGAGGGAGGAGAGAUCCCCAAGACUCUGACUCAAAUGUUCACACACUUCCUUAUCUUUCAGAUCAAACACCGCAGCCAGAAGUACCAAAGAAAAAGUGAUGUUGAUCUUGACCAGACUAGAGAGAUUAUUCUGACUCUGGGAAAACUGGCUUUCCAACAGCUGGAGAAAGGAAACCUGGUCUUCUAUGAGGAAGAUCUGAGAGAGUGCAGCAUUGAUGUCAGAGAAGUGUCCGUGUACUCAGGAGUGUGCACCCAGAUCUUCAGACAGGAGACGGGACUUCACCUGGGGAAGGUUUUCAGCUUUGUGCAUCUGAGUGUUCAGGAGUUUCUGGCUGCUUUAUAUGUGUUUCUGUCCUUCAUGUCCAACAACACAAAUGUUCUAUCUGGAUUUUUAGAUUUUUUUAAAAAGGUAACAAUGUCUGACUUCCUGAAGAGAGCCGUGGACAAGGCCUUACAGAGUGAGAACGGACACCUGGACCUUUUCCUCCGAUUCCUUCUGGGUCUCUCACUGGAGUCCAAUCAGACUCUCUUACGAGGUCUUCUGAUACAGACAGAGAACAUCUCUCACAGCAAAGAGGAAGUAGUGGAGUACAUCAAGCAGAAGAUCAGGGAGAAUCCCUCUCCAGAGAAAACUAUCAGUCUGUUCCACUGUCUGAAUGAACUGAAUGAUCAUUCUCUAGUGCAGGAAGUCCAGAAAUACUUGAACAGAGGAGGUUCCAGUGAUCUCAGUGGAGUUACUCUCUCUCCUGAUCAGUGGUCAGCUGUGGCGUUUGUGAUGCUGAAUUCAGAAGAGGAGCUGGAUGAGUUUGACCUGAGGAAAUUUCAGAGAUCAGAAGAAUGUCUUCUGAGGCUGCUACCAGUGGUGAAAGCAUCCAGGAAGGUUAAGCUGGCUGGGUGUAAUCUAUCAGAUAAAAGCUGUGCAGAUCUGGCCUCAGCUCUCAGUUCAAACUCCUCAAAUCUGAGAGUACUGGACCUGAGUCAUAAUAAUCUGCAGGAUUCAGGAGUGAAGCUGCUCUCUGCUGGACUGAAGAAUCCACACUGUAAACUGGAGAAACUGGAGCUGUAUGGGUGUAAUUUAUCAGAGAAAAGCUGUGCAGAUCUGGCCUCAGCUCUCAGCUCAAACUCCUCAACUCUGAGAGAACUGUACCUGAGUAAUAAUGAACUGCAGGAUUCAGGAGUGAAGCUGCUCUCUGCUGGACUGAAGAAUCCACACUGUAAACUGAAGAAAUCUGUUGUACUUUUCACUCCUUCUCUCUGCAGGCUGAAUUACUGCAGUAUUACAGAAGAAGGCUGUGCUGCUUUAGCUUCAGCUCUGAAAUCAAACCCCUCACACCUGAGAGUGCUGGAUCUGAGCUUCAAUGAACCAGGAGAGUCAGGAGAGAAGCUGCUCUCUGAUCUACAGAAGGAUCCUCACUUUAAACUGGAAAAACUAUAGUGAGUUACUGAAUUACUGUCUCUGAAACACACACACACACAC